AUGGCCAGGGAGCUCUCAGGCCAAAGUGCCUCCGCUGCCUGGGCCGGCUCGGGAGCUGCCAGUGCUUCGGGGAACGUCGCGCAGGUGCCUAGAUACAGCAUCGGCAGCCCGUUGGACACAGCAAAGCCGGAGGCCGCUAGCCCGUGGUGGAAGCAGGUUGCCGAGAUGGAGCCCAAAGCGGCAGAACGGGAAGACGAGUCGCCGGUCAAGGCGGCAGACCCGCCAGCAGAGGUGCUCCAGCCGCUGCUGGCGGCAUUGCGAGAGGACUUCAAGCGGGAGCUGCAGGAGGCUCAGCUGGCCAUGAUGGAGCAGAACUUCCGGCUCCACGCAGAGCUGCGGAAGGACGUGGACGCGCUGCGGCGGGAAGUGCAGCAGCUGCGAGGGGAGCUGCGUGUCUUGUAA